UGGAGAGAUCGCAACUGCCUUCGCUUACCUGAUGAAUGACAUGUGGCUUGGGGACUUUGACUGCGUAUCCCCAGAGGUAUUCAGACUGGUCAUUGGUGAGCAAUAUCCUGCUUUUCUCAAGAAGACCCAGCAAGAUGCCCAAGAGUUUCUGAUUUAUGUAUUGAAUGAACUUCAUGAAGCUCUCAAGAAGUCAACUAAGAGGAGAAGCCAGGGCACCACAUCAACUGCUUGGGAGUCCAGGCCUUCUGUCACGGACUCCUCCAUAAUCACCCGGCUUUUUGAAGGACGCCUCAGCUACUACAUCAUGUGUUUGGAAUGUCAAACCACCACUUACAAAAAUGAGAUAUUCACUGUUUUAUCUCUCCCUAUCCCUUAUGAGACUGAAUGCUCGCUAGAGGAAUGCCUGGAGUGCUUCUUUCAGCAAGACAUGCUGACUUGGAACAACCAGAUCACCUGCUCCUGCUGCGGGACAAAGCAAGAUGCUUCUGUGAAAGCCAGCAUCGCCAAGGCACCCAAGAUCGUGAUCUUUCACUUGAAGAGGUUUGAUUGUCAAGGAAGUUACAAAAAGAAACUGAAAACUGACAUCUACUACCCUCUAAACAACUUGGACCUGUCCCCCUAUAUCUAUCCACUCUUUCGGAAAAAUCCAAAAUACAGCUUAUUUGCUGUGGUGAACCAUUUUGGCGAUCUGGAUGGUGGCCACUACACGGCCUUCUGCAAGCACACAGCAUCCCAGAGCUGGUACAACUUUGAUGACUCUCAAAUCAGUGAAAUUCCAGAACCUGCUCUCCAAACUCCUGCAGCUUAUCUCCUGUUCUACAGCAAUCAAAGUUUCUCUGUGCCAGUGAAAAACUAAUGUGGUUAAGAACAGACGGGA